CAGCAUUUUCAGUGGGAAAACAAGGCAUUCCUAACCGUUUUCCCCUUCCUUCUUCUUUUCCUCAUGAACCAUCUCGACCUUUCCCACAACCGAUCUUGAUGCUCCCAGUCUUACGUUACAUAGUCUCAGCUUCUGGAGAACUGUUUGCCAGGAUAUUCUGAACAUCUUGCACUCUGACAGUCACACUAAAGCUCUGAACCAAACCCACAUUCACCACAUCUGAGGAUUGACUGGAACCAACUCUGGUUACCAGAGUGUUUCACAUCUUGACAACUUCAGCACAAAUCUAAGCUCGAUCUACAACACCAGCACCCAUGUCUGCGGAACAACACCAGCGUAUGAGACGCAGCUCCCGCGAUACACCGUAUCAAGCAACAAUUGCCACCACCAAAAACGAAGAGAUCGAACGUCUCGCUGCAUCACUCCAAACGGCUGCCAAGGGUGCCCCUGGCUCUUCGCCUUCACCACGCUCUCACCGCCGACGUGGGUCCGACAGCUCUCACAGCUCGAAUCGAUCCCGUCGUAGUCGCAGAGGCCGCAAUGCCUUUGAAACAUCAAGCGCACGUGGCAAUGAGAGAAACAACAAGCAUCGCUCGAGUGGACGAAAUAUUAACAUCAACACCAACACCACUACGAAUACGAACAAGAGCAACAACAGUACGGCUGCGGGCCUGAAAGCCUGGCAGCGCUCAGCCGAAUCAGCAGGUGGCCGACAGAACAUCAAAUCAGACAAGCGCGUCUACUCGCCAUCAGCUUCUCCUGUCCGCGAUGGUAGAGUCGAGAAACCUGCCCAUUCCAGCCGCGGUGCGCGUGCCAACAACUACAACAACAUCCGUCAGAACAACCAAUACACCCACAACCUUGACCGAGCUCAAAGCUACAAAGAAGCAACACGAGUCCGCAGCACCCGCAUCACACCAACACACAUCCUCUUCUGGGGCGGCCCGCUAUCGAAUUGGAACGUCGGCGUCCCGUUCAGUGGUGGGCGCGCAAUCGACCUGCUCAUCCCGCAGCUCGAUGAUGCCAAGAUCGCACACCCGAGCCGCAGCGCGCUGAGCACGCAGUUGAUGAGUCGGCAUGACUUUGUGUGCGGCGAGCAGUUCAUGAUGGCGUGUAAGGGAUGGUUGUUUGAACGCAUGAUCCAAGGUUCCGAAUUCGAUACCUCCGAUUUGGAAGCGAGUGUGGUUGAUCAGUUUUGCAAUGACAUUCUCGAGUACGGCGGGUGGGGACAGAAACCGAGGGAUGGAGAGAAAGAUGGACAGAAGAAAUUCAAAGUCAAGGUCACGACCAAGGACAAGGAGAAGGAUCUGGAUCAGGAUGGGAACGACAAGGAUGUGGAUGUGGAUGUGGAAGUCGAGAUCGACAUUGACUACGAGGGAAUGAGUGCGGGCACAAUCGCCUCCUGCAUCCUUUCGCCGAACCCGAGAGAUCAAAAGGCCAUCGGUCGCCGAACGAGAGGAUUCAACGACGCCAUCUGGACACGCGCGAGUCUACACGUGGUCGUUGCAGCGAGUAUCGCGCGUGCCGAGGCCGAUCCGGAACUCAGGGAGGUGUAUCACAAGCUAGGGCAGGGUAGGACGUUUGUCGAAGGCUCGCCCAUGGACAAGAUUUGGGGGGUCGGUCUGCGCUGGGAUGAUCCGCGCGCUGACGAUGAGAAGAAUUGGCGCGGUGGGAACAGGCUUGGACGGUGUCAUGAUAUGGCGGCCGAGUGGAUGAGGCUGGAGAAGCAGUGAACGUGACUGUGGAACCUGGAUAUGGGAUAUCUACACUCACUACCAUGGCAAUUGGAAUGACAUUUUGAAAGUGGGAAGGGCAGGGGAAGCUAGGAUGCAAGGAUGGCCACUGGAGUCAAGGUCAUUAUGGAUAGGCGAGGUCGGAAACGGGAUUGGGCAGGAGUCCUCAAGGCAAGAUAUGGUGCUAUGAAUGGUAUGAUCUGGACAUUCUUCGAGACCGACAAAAGACUUGGGAUGUUGACGUUAAGCAUUGGGAGCCCGGCGAGGUCAAGGUUUCAACAUGCUAUUGUGGUGCCUUCGGGGGAUGUCGUGAAAGAUCCGCCUAUCGGUAUUGGAUGACUCCUGGAAUCAACUUGGGACAUUUCAUUGUACUAUAUGUGCAUCAAACAGGG